UUGCAGAGUGGACGCCUCUCUCCUUGAAGACGCUCCGCCCUGGUCUCUUCCUCUCGAGCCGGUGCCGGGCACGCAGUCCCCUUUAAGAGGGGGUUUCUCGCCGUGUAUCCCGCGCCGGAAGCGGAGUCACGUCAAUUUCGGCCUCUCCGCGCAGGAGGCGGAGGAAGGAGAGAGGCAGGGCAGGAGGCUGGGAGUCGGCGUUGCAGGCACUUCGGGAACGCCGCGCAGGGUCUGCGUUAGCAAUGGACCCUCGCGAACCCCUCGACGGGUCGUCUCAUGGGUAGAAUGUGACUUUUGAAGAGCAAAUGCUGCCCGCUUCUAUCUUGUUUGCCCUACUAUGAUGGAUGAGUGGAAACCCAAUCCACUAGCCAAGCCGCGAAAGAAACGCAGCUGCUAUCUGGCCUGGAAGUACAAGCUGACCAACCAGAGGGCACUGAGGAGGCUUUUCCAGUCUGAUGUAGAAGAUUUUGCCUUGCAGACAGGGGCUGUUCUGUUCUUGCUGGUGACUGUCAUAGUAAACAUAAAACUGAUCUUGGACACUAGAAGAGCAGCCAGUGAAGAAGAGGAAUCUGCUCAGGAUUAUGAUGAAGGCUUGCAGAACCUGGAGAUUCCACGUCGGCCUGUCAGUAGGAAAGUACUGGAUAUUGAGGUGUACUCCAGUCGUUCCAAGGUCUAUGUGGCAGUGGAUGGGACAACGGUUUUGGAAGAUGAAGCUCGGGAGCAGGGGAGAGGCAUCCAUGUGAUUGUGUUAAAUCAGGCUACGGGACAUGUGAUGGCAAAGCGGGUUUUUGAUACCUACUCUCCACAUGAGGAUGAAGCCAUGGUCCUGUUCCUCAAUAUGGUAGCCAGAGGCCGCAUUCUGAUCUUUACUAUUAAGGAUGAGGGCUCCUUUCACUUGAAAGACACAGCAAAGAGUCUUCUGAAGAGCUUAGGAAGUCAGAUUGCAGAGUCCCUCAGCUGGAGAGACAUGUGGACCUUUGUGGGAAAGAAAGGAGGGGAGAUCUAUGGUGAAAAACAUGCAAAGUCUGUGGCACUUUCCACAUGGGGAGAACCAGUCUUACUGAAAACUGAAGUCCAGCUGACCUCUGUGGAAGAUGCUGAAUGUCACUGGCCUGACACAGAGUUAAACCGACGGAGGAAACGCUUCUGUAGCAAAGUGGAAGGUUAUGGCAGUGUCUGCAGCUGUAAAGACCCAACGCCUAUAGAGUUCAAUCCUGAGCCACUCAAAGACAACAGAGUUUUUGAUGUGCCUGUUGCUGUCAUUGCAGGAAACAGACCAAACUACCUGUACAGGAUGCUUCGAUCUCUGUUGUCAGCACAAGGGAUUAAUCCUCAAAUGAUCACAGUCUUCAUUGAUGGAUAUUAUGAGGAACCAAUGGAUGUGGUGGAAUUAUUCGGGCUGAAAGGAAUUCAGCACACCCCUAUCAGCAUUAAAAAUGCCAGAGUCUCUCAGCACUACAAGGCCAGUUUGACUGCAACAUUCAACUUGCAUCCGGAUGCCAAAUUUGCUGUAGUGCUGGAAGAAGACUUGGACAUCUCCGUUGAUUUCUUCAGUUUCCUAAGCCAGACUAUUUAUUUGCUGGAGCAAGAUGACAGCUUGUACUGUAUUUCUGCCUGGAAUGAUCAGGGUUAUGAGCACACAGCUGAGGAUCCGUCCCUCUUGUAUCGUGUGGAGACCAUGCCGGGGUUGGGUUGGGUGUUGAGGAAGUCCCUUUACAAGGAUGAGUUAGAGCCCAAAUGGCCAACUCCAGAAAAGCUCUGGGACUGGGAUAUGUGGAUGCGAAUGCCAGAGCAACGGAAGGGCCGAGAAUGCAUCAUCCCUGAUGUAUCACGUUCAUACCAUUUUGGCAUUGUGGGGCUCAACAUGAAUGGCUACUUCCAUGAAGCCUAUUUCAAAAAGCACAAGUUUAACACUGUCCCCAGUGUACAGCUUAAGAAUGUGGAGAGCUUAAAGAAAGAUGCAUAUGAGAUUGAGAUUCAUCAACUGCUCAGUGAGGCUGAGGUUUUGGAUCACAGCAAGAACCCCUGUGAGGAUUCUUUUGUGCCAGACACAGAAGGAAAGGUCUAUGUGAUGUAUAUCAAGAUGGAACAAGAAGCAGAUUUCACUACCUGGACUCAGCUUGCCAAGUGCCUCCAUAUCUGGGAUCUGGAUGUUCGUGGGAACCACAAAGGAUUGUGGCGGCUCUUCCGGAAAAAGAACCACUUCUUGGUAGUAGGAGUUCCUGCCUCACCAUAUUCAUUCAAGAAACCUUCAUCAGUGACUCCAGUCUACAUGGAACCCCAAGCCAAGGAUGAGGCACCAGGUCCGAUAGCAGCAGCAGCAGAGCAGACGUGAAGCAGAACUUGCCGUAUUGUUCGGAUCGCCUUAUCUGUCUGCUGUGGGAAGAGAGGCACAGGCAGCCGUGAAGCACCACGGGAUCUGUUGUCAUUUUGUCUGAGGGUCUUAGAAGUGGGGGGGGGGGCAAGGCAGAUAAGCUACAGGGCACCCCCUGCCCCGAGCAGUUGCCGACAAGCUUGGAUUAGUUGCCCUGGGAAGGCCAUAGCAGGCGCCAUUUAGUAUUUUCCUAUGCCAUUUCAACCAUAAAAUUUGUCUCAUUUUUAACACUGAUGCUUUACUAACUGUGGCCCCCUUUCCCCAAAUUGGGGGUUGGGCCAGAGGGAGCUGUUUGAAAGGGAUUGGUUCCUUUUUUUAGGAACUCCUCCCAUAUGCUGCUUCAGGAUGUUUUUUUAUUUAUUAACUCUGUGUGGUCAGCAUAUUUCUGCAGGCUGUUUUGGCUUGCUUGUAUUUCUGGUGGUUUCCAAAAUGGGUAUUGUGAUGCAAAUCAAAUCCCCUGAAAGCAUCUGGGGGCCAUUCUGUGAAAAAGAUAAGUCAGGCUACCUGCAGCUUCACUAAUAGGCAGCCAAGCAGAUAGGUCCCCUGCACAUUUGUGUAGAUGAUGGAGGCUGUAACGUCAGGAUGCAAGCCACAAAGGCCCUCCAUGUAUUGGCACUGUUGAAUACCAUUCUGGAUUGUCCAUCUAGCUUCAUUCUCUUCCCUUCCCCAGUUUGUGUCAAAGGGGCACGCCAUGCAAGAAAGGGUCCUCCUAGGUCCUGGCUUCUCUCUACCCAGUGGGUUUUCUUGACAAAUGAAGGCAACUCUUCCUAGCUUGUGGAAUGAAUCAAACUGGCAGCAGCUUGCAAAGACCAAGGGUAUAGGCUUGUUAUAGUUACUGUUCAGUGGCUGUAGUUUGUGGUACUGUACAAUGUUCAGGAAAAGGCAAAGGACCAGGUAGAAAAAGUGCCUUGAGCGAGCAAGUGGUAGUCUUUGAAGGUCUUGGUGGCCAUCCAUUCAUAAAAGUACAGGUGAAGAGAAAUGCAUUAACCAAAAUGUUUAAUGCUGCCUGUUUCUUUGGAAAUGGAAUUCUCUGGGUUAAAAAAUUCCAAACUCAAACUCAGUUGUCCCACCACUGGUCUUGUGUGCAGAUGAACUGUGGCAGCAGCAUGUCACUUCAUGGGUUGUUGACCUGAUUCUCAAUGUUUCGUGCCCAGGGAGGAAACUUGCACAUGACAGAGAGCUAAGAGGACUUGGGUCUCUUCUCCUGAGUCUGCCAUCCUUGUUGUUUGAGGCUAAGGUUGCUGAUGCUGAUCCCUCAAAGAGCAGGCUUAUGUGUGUACAUCUUGGGAAAGAUCAAAUCCUUCAGUUGUUCUGGAUUUCAGUUUGGUAUGGAGGUCAAGGAAAGGGGCAGCAAUUCAAGGACAGAAGGGGAGCAGAGGUUUCCUUUUCCAUGCAGCUUAUUCCAUCAGCAAAUAACAACUUAUUCAUCUUCAGUUGCAUCAUGUUUCACUGCAGGAAAGUCAGGUCACACAAGCUCUUCUUCCUAUCUCCCACCCCCAAAACCCCACUGUGAUAGGAAUUUUUUACUAGAUACUGUGAAAAUUAAUACAGGGCCAUUCUGCAUGUUUAAGAACAGCUCCCAUUUGUUCCCCAUACUUCACCACAACAAGCAGCAUAACAUGGUGGAGCCAUAGGUACUAUAAAUUGGCACUUAGAUGUUCCUCAGCCAACUAACAUACCUCAGCACAAGUUGUUUAUAUUCCACUCAGACCUGCAUAGAACAGUCUUCUGCAGGAUGAAUGGGGGCCAGAUGAGAGUUUUGUCUAUCUUAUAAUGAAUGAACUGGUUCUCUUCACGAAGCAGCUCAUCAGUGGACUAAUAAUUAAGUGAUAACAUGGUGCAGUUUUUGUUUUGUUUAAGACAAUGCCACUCAAAUUAGGAGUGCAACUUUUUGUCAGGGGAGUAACUUAUCAACCUAGCUCUGCAAGGCCAACCACUUGAAUGAUCUACAAGUAUGUUAUACAUUUGGUAACAGGGAAGUUUCAAAGCUAUUUAGCCUCCAGAGCUUUUAUUCACACACAUCCCAUUCACUGAAAUUAUUUCAGGAGCUGAAAUUAUUUCAGAUUCCAAAGAGGUAAUUCUGGAAUCUGAAAAUAUGUUUCUUUAGUAAGAGUUCAGGAAUUGUAGGACUCCAGGCAGUGAGAGAGUCUGGUGUGUAAUAUCCUCACUGUGUAAGGUCAUAGAGACUUGAUAAUGAAGAGCAGAGAUUCUUCAGAGAGGCAUGUAACUACAGUGAUCUGUUGGUUGCUUGCCAUAGUAAAGUACUUGCUACCUACCCAGUAUGCAAAAUUGGAGGGCUUCACGGCUAUCAAAAACAAGGAUUCCUUGUCUUCAAAUGGGGCUUUUUCUGUACAUGUGUGUAAAGAUUCAUCAGCGUGGCUUACACAGCACCGGGCAUCCUAGUAGUAUACCAUUUUUGCUAAUCAGAAUCAGUUUGCAAGAAGGAAUUAUUCUAAAUGGUUUUCUGUUACACUAGGUGGCUGAAGAAGCUCUUUGAUUCUAAUAUUUCCUUACCAGCUUCACUUUGUUGCUCUCUCUAGUGCAGCUGAUGUCAGCCAUUGAAAAGUUGAAAUUGGUGGUUCGAUCGACUCUGGCUGUGCCCCCAUCAAGUAAUCCAUUAACUGGCUUAAUCCAUUUCUAGAAAGAUGCUUUUUCAUCCUCAAAGUCAGUCAGGCUGUAUGCCUCUGCUUCAUAGUUCUAAAAGCUUAGUUCUGGUGGUAGAUACAGUUUCAGCCCUGCCCAACCAAAUGCAAAACAUUUUGUAAUGCUGUCAUCAGAGAUAUCGUGGAAACAACACCAUGUGAGGAAAACUUUUAUAUGUAUGCAAAGAAUGUACUUUUAUGAGGCUGGGGAGUUUUAGUUUAGGGCUGAAACAUAUUUAUUUAUAAAGAAGAAAGUGGUGAAAAUACCUGUUCGGUGAUGUAUUUUUCCCUAGUCGAAAAGAACAAACAUUGCAGAAUAGAUAAAGCAACUUGUAAACCCCUUAGAUUUUGUGCAUACUGAUAAUGUUCCCUUGCAAAUAAAGAUACAGUCCCAGUGCAUUUUAAAUCAGCUGGCGUUUUAACAGCACUGGAAACCCAUUGUGCACUCUGUAAAUGGAUGAGGUCUGUGCACUUAUCUCUGACGAGGAGAUUCCAACGGAACAGACUUGCCUUUCUCUGCAUUCCACUCAACACUUGGUAUCUUUUGCAUGCUUACUGUCCAGGAGCUCUCAUGGAAUUCAGUGAAACUUAUUGCUGACUAAACAAGUAGGAUCAAGUCCUUAAGUACAGAACAAAAAUGGCCUAACUUAAUUCACUCUUAAAUUUCUCCUUGUGCUGCUGUUUUCUUAUAUAUAGUCCCCCUUGAUUAAGAUCACCUUGUUCUUCAUCCAAAAUUCACAAAUCCAGGGAUUAUGCACCUCUGCUCUGGAUCUGUACAAGCCCAGCAGGAAAUGGCAUUUAAAAGCUGGUUGUUUUAAUACUGUGGCUGAUUACACACUGCUGCCCUGCACAGCAAGGGAACAUUUCCUUCACAGCAGAGAUUUCUGUGUAGACUGUGCUGAAGUUCUAGAAAGCUCUGAGUUUAGCGAGAGCAGGCAAACUCCCAAUAUUUUCCCUCACGUCGGGGUUUCUGUUCCUUCUGGUCACUCUCUCCUUGGCUCCCUACUGAGGGAGGGACAGACAGAGAACUGUCAGAGGGAGAAGUAGAGGAGUGGGGUGGCAGCAAACAGCAAUAGUGAGGGAAGAACUAGGAGAGACCAGACAGAAGGAUCCAUGGGGCACUCAAACAGCCCAUCAGUCUUCCACCAAGGCGAGUCUGCCUCCUCCCUCAGACAACAGCUGGAUCUGCUGCUUUUGUUUCAGAAACACAGCAAAAUCGAUAUAACAAUAUAAAUAUACUAGCAACAGCAAUAUCAAUAUUACAGCAAUUUAAAGGGCUUUCACAAAGCCAACAAUCUUGCAACUACCAGGAGCGACCCGGCAGGCAAGUCGGGCAGUGGGGUGCCUUCUCGCAUGUAACUAGAGAAAUGCAAGGAGACCCUACUGUGGCACCACUGCGCAGUGAAGAGCCCUGAGAAAAGGGAUCCAUGUAUAGUAGGCCAUUGACUUCAGUCCUUGCCAUUGGGGUUGCCAUCUGGGAGGAGCAUUUGGAUGACAAAGACUUGGAAAACUGUCACACCAUACUCCCCAAUCUCUAUGAUAAAACCCUUAUAGAACAGGAGAAUUCCUAAACAUCAUUGCAGAACAGAAUCCCCACCCCCCACCCCGUUUUCCUCCUCCUGCUCCAUUGGGUGAAGGUGGGCCCCAGAGCAGUGUAGGCAGGAGGCUGCCUACCAUGGAAGUUAACCUGGUAAGUCUACCUGCCACUUAAUUCAGCUGUAAUAUUUCCAGCCAGACCCCCACUGAGGACAGAGUGCUGGAUAAAUUCUGCUUGGUCUGAUCCAACCCAUCAAUAUUUACGUCAUUACAAGAUCCCACAAACUGAAGAAUUGAUCCCAGAAUCGGGGCAGCUGGGCAGAUCAUGUGGUUUAUUUUCACAGUUGAUUUUGAGUGCUGUAUGGAGUGGUCCCAUGGGGUUAUGUUGGUUCACAGCACCACCUGUUAUGAGCAGCUGUGCAUUUCAGUUUCUUUGCCUCCCUGGGCAUCCUGUACUGAGAUGCAGGUACUUCAUUUCUGUCUUGAAAUAUCUGGCAUUUUCCAAUAAAAUUCUGGAACCAGUGGGGCAUCUUCUAAUAUUUUCCCACCUGUUACCAUUUCUUCUGGAUUUUCUGCAGGUUCCCCAGACUAUCAAUUUCAGUGCAAGACAUUAGAAUGUAAAGCUGCCAGCCCUCUGUGGUAUCUGAUGUGGGGUGCCAGCAGUUCAAGCUCAUGUCAGCUUUUCAGAGAAUGUUUGCAUCUGGGACUGGCUGCUAGUUUAAAAAUACUUCUGUGGGAGGAAGCCCCAUUGCGUAAACUUGCAUGGGAUUCUGGUUAGAAUGCUCUCUUUAUAUUUUUGUUGCCUUUUGGCUCUCUCUGUACUCUGGCUUUCUUUUCUUUUCCUGGUUUUUCCUAUGGUUCCUCUUUCAACAAAGAAAAAAGAAAUGCCACUUCAGGGGCUGGCUGCUCCUGGAUCUCCAGGAAGAGCCUUGCGUGCUUGCAGCUGGGGAUGCAUGAAGGAAGGCUGCACUGGGGGUCCAAUUGUUAUUUUUCCAACAAUAAAGAUGGCCGAAUACGUCCUUUGAUUUUUA